AUGCAGACCAAGCACUUCUUCUCUGAUCCGAACCACCUGGUUCUGACGGCGCUGCACUCGCUCACUCUCACAAACCCCUCCUUGGCCCUGGACUCGCAGCACAAGAUCGUCUUCCGCCGUCCAGAUGCUUCCCGGAAGCCGAACAAGGUGUCGAUCGUCACGGGUGGUGGCUCCGGCCACGAGCCCGCCUUUGCUGGCUUUGUCGGAGCCGGUCUCUGCGAUGCCUCGGUGGGUGGAACUAUCUUCGCCUCGCCGUCGGCCGAGCAGAUCCGCAUUGCGGCCAUUGACCGCGUGCCCACCGACCACGGUGUUUUGAUUAUCCCCAUGAACUACACUGGUGACGUGCUGAACUUUGGCAUGGCCACCGAGAAGUCCCGUGCGGCCGGCAUCCGCACGGAAUUCUUUGCCAUCGGCGACGAUGUCGGCGUGGGCCGCCAAAAGAGCGGCAAGGUCGGUCGCCGUGGUAUCGGUGGUGGUGCUCUGGUUCUGAAGAUGAUUGGUGCUUUGGCGGAUGCAGGUGGCUCGCUGGACGAGGUUUACGGCUUGGCGCAGCUGGCCAACAAAAACCUGGUGUCGCUGGGCUCCUCGCUGGAGCGUGUGCACGUUCCCGGCCGUGGCGAACCCGAGGACUCGAUCCCCAUGGGCGAAGUCGAAGUCGGCAUGGGCAUUCACAACGAGCCUGGAUCCCACCGGGCCAAGGCGGAUCUGCCUCCGCUGGUCACGGCCAUGCUCCGCCAGCUGCUCGAUGAGAGCGACGCCGACCGCGCCUACAUCACGCGCAAGCCCGAGGACCAGUUCGUGCUGCUGCUCAACAACCUCGGUGGCGUGAGUGUCUUGGAACUGGCGGGUAUCACCGACGAGAUCUACCGCCAGCUCGAGCGCGACUACCAGAUCAAGCCCGUCCGCAUCAUCCAGGGCACCUUCCUGUCCAGCCUGAACGGUCUCGGCUUCGGCGUUUCGCUGCUGAAGAUCGUUGACACAGGCCUGGGUGCCGGCAAGUCCAUGCUGGAACUCCUAGAUGCUCCCUCUGAGGCCGUUGGCUGGUCUUCUCCCAUCCCCACCUCAACCUGGGCCAACCACACCAUCGAUGCCCCGGUCAAGCUCCAGGAGUCUCGCCUUGCCGCUGAAAACCCCAGCAACGUUAAGCUGGAUCCCGCCGUCAUCAAGAAGGUUCUCAGUGCCGGUCUGCAGCGCGUCAUCCGCGCCGAGCCCGAAGUGACCCGCUACGACACGAUCGUCGGUGACGGCGACUGCGGUAUUGGUCUCAAGCGUGGCGCCGAAGCCAUCCAGGCUCUCCUGGACAACCCCUCCGCGGGCCUCAACGACGACGCCGUCGCGACGGUGAACCGCAUCGUGACGGUGAUCGAGAACGUCAUGGACGGCACCUCGGGCGCCAUCUACGCCAUCUUCGUCAACGCGCUGGCCCACGGCCUCCGCGCCCAGGACCAGGCUUCCACCGUGCCCGCCACCACCGAGGUGUGGGCCAAGGCCGUCAAGCACGCCGUCGAGUCCCUGGCCAAGUACACCCCCGCCAAGCCCGGUGACCGCACCCUGGUCGACGCCCUGGUUCCCUUCGCCGACACCCUGGUCGAGACCCUCGACCCGCGUGUGGCUGCUGCCGCUGCUCAGCAGGGCACUGAGGCUACCAAGGCCAUGAAGGCCAGCCUGGGUCGCUCGGUGUAUGUUGGUGGUGUCGAGGAGUGGAUCGGCAAGGUGCCUGACCCUGGUGCCUUUGGUCUGAGCGAGUUCUUGACUGGUCUUGCUGAGGCUGUCUAA